GGGAAGAAAGGCAAGAACUGAGCGGUUUUCCAGACAUCAGCCCCAGCGAGCAGACUUGCAAUGCUACUGCUGUCGUGGAAGUCGUGGGCGGAAAAACAUUUCCAAAACUGCCGCUGGCUUGCUGUCCUGAACAAGUUCGAGAGAGUAGGCACGCUCCUCUCUAAGGAUCGAUUUAUGGAUCAAGAACCCAUGGAUACAGUGACGGAGGUGUUCCAAAAGUUGGUAGACUCGCCAAUCGACCCGCGGGAGAAAUAUAUGGGCUUUCCUUACUACCUGAAAGUCAACUUCUCCUGUAUGGGAAAGAAUGACGAGGAGCUGGUCCGAAAGGGCCACCUCAUGGGCCUGAGACCCGUAAUCCUGAUCAGCUAUAAGUACCCAGUCAACUUCUAUCGCUGGAAGAUCGAAAAUCUGCAGAUUCAGAUGGAGGCCGCCCCGUUGCGCAGCACAGGGUUCUGCGUAGCAGAGGUCAUGUGCGCCUUGAACUGGUACGCACCCAUGCCCACCAAAAACGGCAGCGUGGUCAUGAGCGUGGACAUCCGCAGCAAUGGCUUGGGGCCCUACAUUCCCCCUAAGAGGUUCUAUGUGAAUAUUAAUGGCUACCUGAAGAGAGAUGCCAGUGGUAACCCCAUCUUCACCAUAGGAUAUGAGGUGGCGACCGCCCAAUGGGAGAAGACCUUUACUCUGAGGAGUAAAUACUUUAAGCGUUCAAAAUCGAGACCCCUGUGGUACACGCAGAACCAUUCACCUGUGCUCAUCCUUGGGGGCAUUGAAGAUGAGAAGACCAUCUUGUUUUCUGACACUAAUUUCCAGGACUUCUCUCUUGUGGAGCUGAGCAUUGACAGUUGCUGGGUUGGCUCCUACUACUGCCCCAUACUUGACUUCUCAGCCACCAUCCAUGAUGCCAUUUCUACGGAGAGCACGCUCUUCAUCCGGCAGAACCAGCUGGUCUACUACUUCACAGGCAGCUACUCUGCGCUCUUCGAUGGCGGCUACAGCAGCAGCUGGGUUCGUGUCCUGGCUAGCGAGUGCAUCAAGAAGCUGUGCCCAGUUUUCGUCGAUGGCAAUGGCUCUGAGUACAUCCUGGCCCUCACCACUGGCAAGAAUGAAGGUUAUAUUCACAUCGGGACCAUUACAGAUGGUCGUGUUUCCUUCAAGAUGAUGCCGGAUAGCUGGUCAAUAUGUGAUAAGUUACCAGGUUCAAACUGCUCCAUCAACUGGGCUACGUACAUCGCUGAUGAGAAGAACUUGCUAUUGUUGGUGGAGACCCUCUCCAUGAAAUUAGUUAAGAUCUUUUACCUACUCAGCUUUAACUUAGAGACCCAGCAGCUGAAUAUUCUCUACGUAAUACCACAGUUUAUCCCAGAAGCUCAGGAUUUGGACUUCCUGGUGCUACAUGGGACAGAGACCUAUACCAGAACUGCUAUGAUACCCAAGGGCUUGUUCUUCAACACAUUCAACAAUAUGCUGUACAUUUGGGGCAACUUCAUCCUGCAAAGCUACAAUAGGAUACACUUCAUUUAUCUGGCGGACUUCCCCAAGGACUCCGUCAUCAAAUACAUGGUCAGCUCUUACCAAGGAGACAUGGCUUUUGUCACAGAAGGAGAAGAGAUCUGGUACUUUCUGGAAGGUGGCUAUGAUGUGUACCGGCUGGUCCCAUCUAAAGGCUGGGAUAUCUACUUCAGCCUGCAGAAGCUGGAACACUCUUCCCUCUUUGCGGACCAAGAGUUCUUGGUCACCCUCUUCUAUGAAGAUGGGCAGCUCUAUCAGCUGAUAUAUCUUGUUGACUCCGGGAAUGAACGUUUGGUCAAGAGGCUCUUGCCUGUGGCACAGUUGCUGCUGUAUGAUCAGAACACCCCCUACACACUGGUGAACACAGGGAACUACAAGACGCCCUCCUUCAUCGACCUCUGCCCCUUCAAGGUGAUGCGUCUACAUGACCUACCGAAAAAACAGCAUCUUGCACGUCAGGAGCUCUACCAUGCUCCGCCACCUCUGGUCUCCGAAUCCCUGGGCUUCCACAAUAAUAAGACACUUGCUGUCUAUCAAGGCCUUGUCUAUUACCUGCUGUGGCUGCACUCCAAGUAUGACAAGCCCUACGCGGAUCCGGUGCACGAUCCCACUUGGCGCUGGUGGGAACACAAGUCACGGUACAAGGACUACUACUUCUACCUGUCCAGCAACUGGCUGGCAGCGGAAGGCGUGUACAUCGACAUGAGCAGCUACCAAAAGCUCUACAACAUCUCGCAAGACCACGGGAUGCCCGAGAUUGUCUUCCUGGACAAGGGCGCCUCGUUUAGCUUCACCGUCUUCCUGACGGGGCAUGAGGACACCUUCAUGCUCAGUGACAGCUCCGGCUCCAGCUACCAGGUGGAGAAGAAGUUAGCAGUGGCCGCGGUUGUUGCGGACCCUCAGUGCCUUGAUGUAUCUGUGAAUCAGGAUGUCCUUCUUAAUCGCAAAGCAGUGCUCUACAAGAUUACAAUCAAGGACAAAAAGGUCUGCUAUGAUCAGGGCAUCAGUGGACAUAACCUCAAGAAGUCUUCCAUGAUGGUCAAAGUGUUGGGAUCUUCUGGAAAAUGCUUCCAGACCACAUACCUUGGGACAAGCACGCAAGGUCACUUGAUGGUGCCAUUGUUAAUCGGCUGUCCCCCUGGCAAGCGCCUGGCCUUCGAUGUCACCUACACGAUUCUGCACUCCCGGCAGCUAAACAAACACUAUUUCGACUGUGUGGUGUCCAACUCUGAGAUGCCGUGCUUCCUCUUCCGUGACUUAUUUCAGCCCUUCUUCUUAGUCCAAGACAUGGUGACGGGAGACUCUGGCCGUUUCCUAGGCAGUUACUUGCUGAAGGUGGUGGGCGGAGGUCCCACAAUUGAUGCCAUCCGAGAUUACACAGAGGAGGAGAUCUACCGUUACAACAGCCCGCUGGACAAAACCAGUAGCCUCAUCUGGAAAACGAAGGCCGAGAGGACCACCCAGGACAAGAAGUUCUACAUAAUGUCUCAGCAGAGCCCAGGGAUCGAGUGGCUGUGUCUAGAGAACUCCCCAUGCCAUGACAUCACUCCCCAAAGCAUCUUUGCACCUGAAUUCUUCCUCAAGCUGUUGGUGAGCAAUAGAGGAGUAGAUACUAGCUCAUACUGUGACUACCAGCUCAUCUUUGUACUGCAUUUGCAUGGGCUACCACUCAGCGCCAAGCGGUCUCUCUUCAUUGUCCUUGUGUCCAGCAGCCUGUUUGUGGGCUUGGUAAUCUUCUACAUCCUGUUCUGCCUCCUUUGGCCCCACAUAGUGAAGGCCUGGGUCUCAUUACGCUGGAAGAUUAACAACAUCAUGGCAGCUGAGUCCUUCUACACAUAUGCCACCUCCAGUGCAGCCCUCAGCCUCCACUCUCAGACAGUCUCAGAGCCAAGUCUCAAGGCUCCCUCUCAAGCAGGCUCCAAAGUGGAUAAUGCAUUGGAGAAGGAAGUGGUGGCCUGAGUCUCUUCUCUGUACCCUUCCUUAUACACCCUUAGGCCUCUCCUUGUGGGAAUGCAGCCUGCCACCUACCCAGGAUUUUCUGAUUUGCUAGAAUGUUUGUGUCUCCUUCAGACCCAA